AUGCCAGAAUCUCGAUGGAUCCCGCUCGAAAGCAAUCCAGAUGUCUUUAACGCUUGGGCUACAACCGCCGGACUAGUAGGAUCACAAGCGCAGUUCGAGGACAUAUAUGGCCUUGAUCCAGAGCUUCUGGGGAUGGUGUCACCAGGUGUAAAAGCGGUUACAUUGCUCUUUCCCUGCUCAGGGACCAUUGCGUCAAAGCGCAAAGAGGAAGAUGAAAAGAUCGCAGCUCAAGGGCAGCUUCCGAUCGAUCCCACUAUUUUCUGGAUGAAGCAGACGAUCCAAAACGCUUGCGGAACUAUGGGCCUUUUGCAUGCUCUGAUAAACUCAGAUGUCACUUUCGCUCCUGAAAGUCCAUUGGCUAGAUUUAUCGAGGAAGGCCAAGACAAGACUCCUUCGGAGCGCGCCAAACUUCUCGAGGAGACCACCCUAUUCGAACGGAUCCAUACGUCCGCCGCCAGCUCAGGACAAACCGCGGUGCCAGAAGAUCUGGACACUUAUCUUCAUUUCACCUGCUUCGUAAAGGCGCCUGAUGCCAUUGCGAGGGAAACGGAAACCCAGGCUAUUGGGUGGCGCGUCAUAGAGUUGGACGGAGGUCGUAAUGGGCCGAUUGAUAGGGGCGAAUGCACUAACUUGCUUCAGGACGUGGCCAAAUACGUCAAAGAACACUAUAUCAAGGAAAGCAAGAGUGUCAACUUCAGCAUGAUGGCGCUAUGUUCUGGACAAGACUAG